GUUCCUACAAGGCUGUUGGAUGUCACGGCGAUCAUCGAUAACAAGAUUCGCGUUGUCGAGUCGAAAUCAGUGCCGAAUAUCGGGAAUCAUGCUAGAUGGGCGGCUCUGAGCUACGUCUGGGGUGGUUUACAACCCGUGCGUACCCUCAAGGCGAAUAUCGAGGACCAUCACAAAGGCAUCCCGCUAGCCAAACUUCCACCCACCAUCCAGCACGCCAUUGCAGUCUGCCAAAACAUUGGAAUCCCCCAUCUCUGGAUUGACUGUCUCUGCAUCAUCCAAGACGACAACGACGACCUGGCAGUCGAGCUCCGGUCCAUGGCCCAAAUCUACCAGUACUCCACAGUGACCAUAAACGCCGCCUCCGCCGACUCGGUUCACAAAGGAUUCCUCCAAGACCGCCCCAUCUACUUUUACGAGGACACCGUCCACCCAGUGCAAAUCAGUUUCCGGCCGUCCAAGAGCAGCCCCAACCCCAACACCACCGCCCUCCUCCUCAAAGCCAACAACAGCUAUGGCCUCGAAGACCUGGACCCCAUCCGCACCCGCGGCUGGACCUACCAAGAACGUAAACUCCCCGUCCGUUCCCUCCACUACUCCACCGCCGGCCUCGAAUGGUCCUGCCGCCACGUCGUCGCCACCACCGUGACCGGCGCCAACAAACGCGACGAUCCCUUAUCGCGUGACCUCCCCGUUGUUCCCGGCCAAGCGCUCGCCCCAUGGUCGAGGAUUGUAUCAGAUUACACCAACCGCAAGCUGUCCUUUCCCGGCGACAAGAUCACCGCCGUGUCCGCCAUCGCGGCAAUUUACGAGCAGGAGCAGAAAAAGACGUACGUGGCUGGGUUGUGGAAGGAGGACAUGCCCGCCUGUCUUGUCUGGUCUGUCAUGGCGAGCGGGAUGAGGCCCCGGUACGGGGUGUACACUGGGCCUAGCUGGUCCUGGGCGUCGACGGACUCGCAUGUGUCGUUCAAGACGGAGGAAGAAGAUGAAGAAGGGGUUGUCUUUUAUGGGACUGUUCUCAAGGCUGAGGCUGAGCCGGUGAUGCCUAAGGCGAGGUUUGCGGCGGUGAAGAGUGCUUCGUUGGUGAUUAGGGGGAGGGUUCAUCGGGUUAGUUUGAGGGUUGAUUUUGAGACCGUGGAGUCAGACAUUGAGGGUGUUGUUUCGAAAGAAAAGAAGGCAAAUGUGACGGUCACGGCUGCGAGGGCAUAUGCCGAUAAGAUUGGGGUUAACCUUGAUGCUUGGGAGGAUGGGUGGGCGGGGGAUUCCGGGUCUGCUGUUGUGGACGUGUUGUUGAUGCCAUUGUUCGAACGGACAGUGCAUGAUCCGGACAUUGGGAUGUCGAACUGGGGAGGUUUGGUGGUUGUCGAAACUGAAAAGGGAGCUUAUCGCAGGAUUGGGUAUUUUGAAGAGUACUUUUACAAGAGGACCGUCGGGAGAGUGACGUUUGCCGAUUUUAUUGUCGGGGCUGAGUUGAGGGAUGUCUUGUUGGUGUAA